GUCAUUCUGAAACAACAACAUGUAAACGUAAAGCCAGCAGUCCCCUAGUAAUUAAAAAAAAUAAUCUGUAAAUCAGUUAAUAAUUAAUUAAUUCUAGUUUUUCUUGGACUAUUUAGGAGCACCUAAAAAGCACCUAAUUCUGAUAUAAAGAAAAAAUUUGAAAAAAUAUUAUUUACUAUAGGGGACUGCUAGCUUUUAUAAACCUAGCAGUCCCUCCUUUUAGGAGCACCUAAUUUUUAAUUAGAGGCCCUAAUUAGCACCUAAAAAGCACCUAAUUAUUAUAUAGUUCCCGAAGUUUUUUCCACCUUGGGACUGCUAGGUUUAUAGACCUUUUUUCUUGUUGUUGUUUGGUCUCUUGAAAUUCCAGCAUUUUGCGCAGAAGCUGUUCGAUUUUUUGUUCUUUCAUUUUUGCUUGUUGUCUCGCUUGUUGUCUUGUAAUAGGCAUUUACAGACUGUUCUGGAAUUUUCCUCAAAUUUUUUUCAAAUAUCUUUCCUGGUCUUUGAUUGAAGUUUCACGCACGUUGGUGAAGUCACAAAUUCUAUAUCUCCCUUGGUUUUCGAAUAGAAUUUUCUAGAACUUACUUGAAAGUUCACAAUCACAGUCAAAAUGUACCUACGUGGUUAAAAUUAGGUACACAAUCAGUUAAGUCUCUUUUGCUUGCACUGACUAACUGUCCCAGUGUUUACUGUUAAAUCCUGAAUAAACGCGAUAAUCUCUAUUCCAGAAAAAGACAGUGAAUUCUAGAUUUCAGAUUUGAUUCUGUGCGGGCUGGCGAAAGCGCCACAAUAUUAUAUUUCAAAACAAAAUUCCAAAUUUUACAUAAAAUAUACACUAUCUGGUUAUGUAAACCCUAUAUUUGAUAUUUUGGGCAAGAAAAAAAACAGCUUUUCCCCAGGGGAACAGGGAAAUUUGAAAACAAAGGACAAAGUAGAAUAAUCGACUUUGCUAGAAACUGUCGAUAGAUGUCGCAGGUUGCAUCGCCUAGAAUAUUAACUCGGCAUUUAAUUUGUAUUUUUCUUUUACAAGCUGAUAAAAAAAGAUAUAACCACACACAUUACACAGCUUAUAAAAAUUCGAACACAUCGAUUUCCGCUGUUUGUUUGACAGUGACAUUGACAUUGAACGCACGGGUUGUUGUUAGGUCAGCUGGAGUUGGGUGGGUGCAAAAAAUGACUAAUAUUUAUUUUGUUUUGUCCAUUUCUAUCUUUGGAUUAGUGGAUGUUCUGGAUUCAAUUGAAUAUCUGGAAUAUUUUUCUAUUUUUUAAUGUAUUUAUUCUUGGCAGUAAACACAUAAACAUGUUUCAUUAUAGUAUAAGAACCCAGUAUUGCACUUGAGGUAUAGAAAUUUCCAAUAAUAACUUAAAUCACCUAAAAAAAAAACCUGAAAAUGUGUCUUGGACCUUUUAAAAGGCUUUGCCAUUGGGGCCCUUUAACAGCAAUAGGCAUAAUAAAACUAGUCACAGCUUCAACAAUCCAUUGUAGCGGAAUGUGGUGGCCCUCGACAACGUUUGGAGGUUUUAUCAAUACUUUAUGUUUCAUGAGCCUUUCGGGACUUACAUUAUUCAACUUACUAUCUGCCAUGUAUCAUGGACCAGGCUACUUACCCCUUAAAUGGACUCCAGCCAAUUCAAAUGACUGCCAAUAUUUACAAAGUUGUGGAGUUUGUCACGGGUUCAAGGCACCUAGAUCGCAUCAUUGCAGAAAAUGUGGUAGAUGUGUUCAAAAAAUGGACCAUCACUGUCCCUGGAUCAAUAAUUGCGUAGGAUGGGGGAAUCAUGCACAUUUUACUUAUUUUUUAUUGUUUGCAACAUUAGGAUGUUUACAUGCCAGUAUUGUUUUAGGAUGCUCUCUUUAUAGGGCCAUUCAUAGAAAUCAUUAUUUAUAUAAUAGGAUUCAAAAUGUUCCAAUUGUAAGUUUGAGUUUAUUAGGGAUGAUUAUAACUGUACUUUCUUUGGGUUUUGCUAUUGGGGUUGUUAUAGCAGUUGGAAUGCUAUUUAUUGUCCAGUUUCGUGCAAUAUUAAGAAACAGAACUGGAAUUGAAGAUUGGAUUGUUGAAAAAGCAAAUUAUCGCAGAAGAAACAAACCAGAUCAAUUUAUUUAUCCAUAUAAUUUAGAUUGGUGGGCAAACAUUAGGCAAGUAUUGACUUCUAAUGGUCAACCUGUUGGUGAUGGUAUUAAUUGGCCAGUUUUAGAAGGAUGUAAUCAAUAUACACUUACAGUUGAACAAAAGGAACAAAAAAAUGAAAAAAAACUUAAAACUCGCAUGUAUAGGAUUGUAAAACCGGCAUCAGGUUAUUGGUUUCCUAUAGUUUUUGGGCUGAAGGUUUGUUGCAAUUUUCCAUGUACUGAUGAGCCAAGACUGAAAGUUGAUAUUGGAAAUUUAAUACGAGUUACCAGAUGGAGGAAGCAUUGGAUUUUUGGUGAAAAAAUCCAAACGCACCUGCCACAAGGCCAGGAAGCCUUAUUGAGGCAAAGAGGUUGGAUCCCAAAAGUUUGCGCAGUUGAAUUAAUUGAAACUUCCAUUCCAAGGAAUAGUGAGAAAAAGAAUAAUUAAUCAAUCAAAUAAAAAUACUAUUUUUUAAAAACAUAUUUUUCUAGUUAAAUUGUUUUAUUUUUCACUUUUUUUUCUUGAAUACACAAAUUGAUACAACAUGUCCAAUUUUUCCUCCAAAUUUAAACUGGGGUGUUGGAAUUGUUUUAAAUAAUUCAAAAUAGUUUUUACAGUGAUCUGAUAUUUCAUCUGUGGUCCAAUUGCAAGUGGUUACUAUAAAAUAGCCAUUAUCAUUUAAUGCCUUUUCAAUACUCAUUAAGUAUUUUGCUCGAGCUUCUAGUUUGUUUUCACUCAGGCAAACAGCAUCAUAGGUACCUUUAUCAUGAAUUACAUCAUAUUUAUUUGGUAAGCCUUCCAAAACAUCACUAACCUCAUAAUGUAUCUCAAGUCCAUCCUUUUCAGCUAUUGCUUUGGCUAGUUUUAUAGCUGGCUCUGAAUAAUCCAAGCCGGUAAGUUUUUUAUAGUCAAGCCGAGCUAGUUCAGCUAAAAUGUGUCCAUUGCCGCAACCGAUAUCGACAAUACUAGCUGUGGUAUCGACAUUUGAGGUCAUCCACGUUAUUACUCUGUCCACUAUGUCUUCUCCGAACCAAAUUUCUCCUUGGUCUCCGUGUCGCGAAAAGUUUUCCACUUCUUUCGAGUAUUGGGCGUUCCAGAAUUCCAAGGUGCCUAAUUCCGAAGGGCCUGAAUCUUCCUCUAGCAUGUUUGGAAUUGGGAUUUUUCAAAAAUUUAUUUGAAACUUGAAACAAAUUAUCAGAAAAUGAGAAUGCAAAGGAAAAAUUGUUUGCUUAGCAAUUUUCAAAACAAAACAUCAUAACCUCAAGUUGUACACUACCUGCGUUCUGUCAAGGA